AUGUUUGGUUUAAACCGUGAAGUUCGUCCAUUUUUGGCCGGACUCAUCUUGAAGACAGUGUUAUAUGGAUCCUGGGUACUUGGAUUAUUCCCCUUCAAAUUUGAUUUCCGAAAAAGUCAACUGAGGCGCUCUCGAUGGCUUCUUUUUUAUGGCUUAAUUAUCAACUAUUCUCUGCUGUUGCUCUUGCUAUUCCUUGGACUUGAGUUUCUGGAACUACGCAAAGUAGAAGCCUUCGACCGAAAUCCUGUGCUGGAAAGAAUUGACCAGCUAAUUGGAGUGAUGAGCAUGUUUUCAGGGCUUGUGAUAAAUUUUAUGAAUUUAUGGGGAAGCAAGAAGGUGGAGGAAAUUGUCAAUGAAAUGUUAGCCCUGGAGAAUCGAGAUUUUAAGGGUCUAAAGAUAACAAACUGCCCAAAAUUCAACUGCUUUGUUAUUCAAAAAUGUAUGACAUUGCUGGGGCAGCUUUUAACUUAUUUAACGGCUAACUACGGAAUACCUGGAAACGAAGCCCAUUUAUUUAUGGUGCUCUUAGUCUGCUUGCUGCACGUAUCGCUUGUUUUUAAUACUAUGCACUAUUAUAUUGGAAUCCUGUUAGUCUAUCGCUAUGUGUGGCUGAAUAACGCACAACUCGAAGAUUUAGUUAGCCAACGGAUUCUUAUUCCCUCGACAGACUCGUCGAGGAUUCGCCAAAUUCUCGCCUUGUACAAUCGCCUUUUGGAUCUAAAUAACAAAUUGGUAUCCACCUACGAAUACCACAUGAUUCUAAUUCUAACUUCUUGGCUAGCUGGCAAUGUUGUGGUCGUCUACUUCUUCAUUGUCUAUAGAGUUAGUAUGCGUAAAUUCUCGAUCUUUUUAAUAGUUUUCCCCCAAUCGUUGCUUAUAAAUAUUUGGGAUUUCUGGUUGACUAUUGCUGUUUGUGAUCUCACCGAAAAAGCUGGCAGAAAAACCUCAGCACUUCUAAAACGGUUUACUGAUCUUCAUAAUGGAGAUGAUGAGCUGGAAAGAAGUGUUAAUGAAUUUGCAUGUCACCGGAAAUUCCAAUUUCAACUUUGUGGACUUUUUUCCGUAAACUACAAAAUCGGUUUCCGAAUGAUCAUUACCAGCUUUCUAUAUUUGCUGUGUUUAGUUCAGUUUGAUUAUAUGAAUUUGUGA